AAUAUACCUAACCUGAAAAUGGGGAGAAGCUUUUAAAAAUAAACUUCACUAUAAAUAGUUUAAAGUGUGUAUUUCUAUUCCAGAAUAGUCUAGAAACGUGCUACAGGUUUAUAUUAGCUGCUCCUCAGGAGCUUCCAGAUCAAUCUCCAAGAUGGGUUCAGGCAAUCUAGAUGAAGCCAACAAAUUCAAAGAGGAUGGCAAUGAAGCCUUCAAGAAUGGUAAUUGGAACUCUGCUAUUAAACUCUACACAAAAGCCAUCAAUGCUCUGCAAGACGAUAGUCGAGACAUCGCAAUUUAUUACAAGAAUCGCGCUGCCGCUUAUCUGAAGGAGGAAAAAUAUCAAGAAGCAGUUAAUGAUUGUGAUAAGAGUCUGGAAAUUGUUCCCACUGAUCCUAAGGCGUUGUUCCGUAGAUGCCAAGCUUUGGAAAAACUUGAGAGGUAUGAAGAAGCCUACAGAGAUGCACGCCACGUCCUCAAUGUCGAUCCAUCGAACAAAACCAUUCAGCCAGUAUUGGAAAGGUUGUUCAAUAUUACUCAGGAAAGAUCCCGUCAGAAUGCUCAGGUUGCCACAAAGGUCGAGAGCAUGUUCAAAAUCGCUUUCGACAUAGCCGAGAAUCGCGAGAAACGCGAAACUGCCUUCAAUAAUCUUCUGGUGUUGUCUAGAGAGAAGGCCGGGUCUGAGAUAAUGGUUCGCACCGGCGUCGUUGACAAAGUUAAACGCUUGUUGAAAGUGGAAAAGAACAAGGAAAUAUAUGUAACUGCUGUUUGGAUUAUAGGCGAACUGUGCAAACAUGGACCAGAACGCACAUUGAAAGUGUUAAUGGAUGUUGGCAUUCCUUGGUUCUUGGAAAUCUUGGAUUCAACUUGUGAGAAACAAGUAAACUCUGCGCAGUAUUGCGUACAGAUUAUUCUAAACGCAUUCUCGGGUAUGGAGAAUAAGCCGGACACGAAACCUGUGAAAGACCUGUGCGAUCGGUACACUAAGGAAAUUGAUACAAUUUUGACCUGUUUGGUUUAUGCGUUGAACAAUAGGAUGAUUAGCGGCUUAGCUCGCGAUUCCAUCAUGGAGCUGUUGAUGAGGAACAUACAUUACACGAAUUUAUCAUGGGCUGAGCGAAUGGUGGAGAUUGGCGGUGUAGAACGCCUGAUGGAAAUUGCCAGCGAAUUGGAUGAAUACAAGUAUGAGUCUGCUAUGUCGAUUACACCAUCCACACGAACGAUUGCCGCAGUAUGCUUGUCCAGAGUCUAUGAAAACAUGUACUACGACGUAGCUCGCGACAAGUUUAUGGAUAGAAUUGACAAUUUCGUUAAAGCGAAACUGCUUACUCCCGAUAUCGAAUCAAAAGUAAGAGUAGUUGUUGCAAUUACAGCAUUACUUCGCGGUCCACUGGACGUAGGUAACGCUGUUAUUGGCAAAGAAGGUAUCAUGGAGAUGAUUCUUGUAAUGGCGAAUACGGAAGACGUGCUGCAGCAGAAAGUUGCUUGCGAAUGUAUAAUAGCAGCGGCCAGCAAGAAGGAUAAAGCCAAGUCUAUUAUCAGUCAGGGUGUGGACAUCUUGAAGAAGCUGUACGUCGGCAAAAACGAUAAUAUUCGUGUAAGAGCCUUGGUAGGUCUUUGCAAGCUAGGAAGCUCUGGUGGCAACGACGCAUCCAUCAAACCAUUCGCCGAUGGUUCCAACUUGAAGUUAGCAGAGGCUUGCAGGAGAUUCUUGUUACAUCCCGGUAAGGAUCAAGACAUUAGGAAAUGGUCGGCUGAAGGUUUAAGCUACUUAACUUUAGAUGCCGAGGUUAAAGAAAAAUUGAUUGAAGAUGUGCCGGCGUUGUUAGCGUUAAUCGAAUUGGCUAAGACCGGUGACCAGUCAGUGCUUUAUGGCGUCGUGACUACAUUGGUAAACCUCUGUAGCGCUUACGAAAAACAAGAAAUGGUCCCUGAGUUGGUGGAACUUGCUAAAUUCGCGAAACAUCACAUCCCUGAAGAGCACGAGUUUGAUGACUCUGAUUUCGUCGCGAAAAGAAUAACGGUUCUUGGAAAGGUUGGCGUUACCACUGCGCUGGUAGCAUUGAGCAAGACUGAAUCGCCCAAUUCUAAGGAAUUGAUUGCCCGCGUAUUCAACGCAUUGUGUAACGAGCAGGAGUUGAGAGGAACGGUGGUCCAACAGGGUGGUUCCAAAGUAUUGAUUCCGUUGAGUUUGAACGGCACGGAUAAAGGAAAGAGACACGCGGCUCAAGCUUUAGCGAGAAUUGCUAUUACAAUGAACCCGGAGGUUGCCUUCCCUGGACAGAGAUCCUUAGAAGUUAUCAGACCUCUGCUGUCUCUACUUCAUAUCGAUUGCUCGGGUUUGGAGAACUUCGAAGCGUUGAUGGCCUUGUGCAACAUCGCCCAAAUGUCGGAGAGCUCCAGGCAGCGCAUCCUGAAAGAAGGCGGCCUCAGCAAAAUAGAGCAUUACAUGUAUGAAGAUCACGAACAUCUGUGUCGUGCCGCCAUGCAGUGCAUCACCAAUUUAACAAUGUCCGAACACGUGGUCGAGGUAUACGAGGGCGACAACGACAGACUGAAAUUCGUCACAGCCUUGAUCCUAGAUGAAGAUUUGGAAACUUGCUUGGCAGCGUCCGGAGCGGUGGCCAUUCUAACAUCCAGCUCAAAGAAAUGCUGUGAGAAGUUCUUCGAGUCUAACUCUUGGUUGGAGGCUCUCCAGUACACACUUUCCCAUGCUAAUAGCAAUGUGCAAUAUCGAGGCGCGACAAUUACACGCAAUUUGAUGGAAACGUCGAAAGAAGUUGCUAGCAAAUUGAUGGACACUGAAUUAAUGGAAGUGUUGAUGGCCGUAACAAAGCUGGAAGUAGCAGAAAAGGCGAAGAUCAAGGAAAUUGCUAGUGGGUGCCUUAAAAUGGCUGAAGAGUAUGGUAUCAUUAGGAAGCCCAACGAGGGAAUUGAUCCCUUCAAGUUACAAGAAAUCGACGAAGCAGAUGAAUAAAUUGUACUUAAUUUUCAAAUUACACGUAUAAAGUAAUUAUUUAUAUUUAUAACUAAUAUUUAUAUAGUAUAUG